AUGUAUUUUUAUCGUUAUUUUUUCCACAUAAUUGUUGUAAGUUCAAUCAUAUCAAUAAUAGAAACAUUUUCAAUUGCAAAUACUCAUAAUGACGUUAAUCAGGUGUCUCGACAGCAAGUUCAAAUGACAUCAAUUGAAAAAAGAAGUCGAGAGUACAAGGAAAAAUUUCAUAAAGCUGAUAAAGAUCAAUUACCAUCAACUCAUACAGAAACAUAUUUAUUAACAAUGCUUCCAGUAUCACAAGGUGAUCAUGUAUAUAAUAGUGCUGGUGAACAAGAAUGGGAAAUACAAAGAGAAAAAGAUACGGGAUUUGCAAUUUAUGGUGAAAAUCUUAACGGUGCCCAAUUAUCAUUUACAACACAUCCCAAAUCAUGUCAAUGGGAACGUAAAAGUAAGGUAUAUACAUUAACAGUUGAUGAAGCUGAUCCACAUGAACGUAUGAGUGAACGUGCUUUUGUUACCUUUAAUUUACCGUAUUAUAAUUCAACUUUAUAUAUGUGUAUAACACCAAAUAAUUCCACUGAAGUAUUUCAUCAAGGAAAUCGAGCUGCAUUAAAGAUUCGAGUUAACCGUCGAGCUAUACCUGUUUGGACAACAAUAAUAUGUUUAAUUUGUCUUCUAUCGUUAUCAGGUCUUUUUUCUGGUUUAAAUCUUGGUUUAAUGUCAUUAACCCCACACGAUUUAAUUGUUAUACAAGAAGCUGGUACAACAAAUGAUCGUAAAUAUGCCAAAAAAAUCUAUCCCGUACGUAAACAUGGUAACUUUUUAUUAUGCACUAUUUUAUUGGGAAAUGUUUUGGUUAAUUCUACUACAACUAUUUUACUCGAUACAUUAAUUAGCGGUGGUUUCGCUGUAGCCGGUGCAACAUUAGCCAUUGUUAUUUUUGGUGAAAUUAUUCCACAAGCAAUAUGUUCACGACAUGGACUUAAAGUUGGUUCCCAAACAAUUCGUUUGACACAACUUUUUAUGAUUGUCACAUUUCCAGUAUCUUAUCCAUUGAGUAAAUUACUCGAUAUAACUCUAGGUGAAGAAGUUGGUGCACGUUAUACACGUGAUCAAAUGAGUGCUUUAUUGAAACAUACGCAAACAACUGAUAUUGAAGAUCGUGAAAAACUUAUAAUGACUGGUGUAUUAAGUUUGAAAGGAAAAAAAAUUCGUGAUGUUAUGACAAAUUUAAUUGACGUAUUUAUGCUUGAAGCAAAUCGUAUUGUGGAUGAUGAGCUUGUUCUAAAUGUUCAUGGUUAUGGUUAUUCAAGAAUACCUGUCUAUGAAGGACGACGGGAUAAUAUAAUUGGUCUGGUGAACAUACGUGAUUUUGCACUACUUGAUACUGAGUCUGGAAAAUUUACUGUAAGAAAUAUAAUGAAUUUCUACAAGCAUCGUUAUGGCACAGCUAUAACACCAGAUGAUUCAAGUUACGAUGUAUUUAAUCUAUUUAAGAAAGAACAAUAUCAUUUAGGUGUUGUUGUUGAAUAUGAUAAUACAAGUGAAAAAGAUCCAAAAGCAAAAGCUAUCGGUAUUGUUACAUUAGAAGAUAUUAUUGAAGAAAUGAUUCAAGAAGAAAUUGUUGAUGAAACUGAUGUAUUUACUGAUAAUCGUCGUAAAGUACGAAAUAUGCUUUCUCAAGCACCGGAUUUUUCAGCAUUUAUUCGUACAACAACAAAUGCAGUUGCAAGUAAAAUAUCAGCGCAAAUGAAAGUAGCUGUUUUUCAGUUUCUGGCAACAAGCGUUGAACCUUUUCGUGAUAAAUUUAUAUCUGCUCAUAUAUUGAGUCGUUUAUUAAAUGUUGAUUUAUACAAAGAAUUUGAAUUCGAUGAAGAUGAUUCAAAAUCAGGCAAAAUAACAUAUAUAUAUGAGUAUGGUAAACCAGUAGAUUAUUUUGUGCUUAUUGUUAAUGGUAAAGCAGAAUUAGAGACAGGAAAAGAAAAAAUUGUUAGUGAAGUUGGUUCAUUUUCUUAUUUUGGUGUUAGCGCACUUUAUAAUUCUGACGAAAAAGUUGACGAUCUUAUUCGAUUGAAAUCAAAUAAAUUUCGCCCCUUUAUACCUGAUUUUAGUGUACGUGUUAGUGAAGAUGUACAAAUUUUACGUAUACGACGUGUACAUUGGCUAGCUGCUGUACGAGCAACUUAUUUUGAAAAUAAACAAACUGCGAAUGGUGGUGCACUGAUGCUUAAUUCUGAUGGUGAACAAAUUGAUUUAUUAACACAAGAAUUAGAGAUGGCUGAUCAUAUUGAUCCAGUUACUGCUACUGGAAGUCUUAGUGGUGCUGCUGGACAAGAUGGUGUCAUCGGAGGAGUAAAUAACUUACGUGAAAGAACAUCAUCAUUAGCACCAACAAUUGCAUCCGAUGGUGGAACGGGUGUGACAGAACAAGAACGACUCAUAACUCAAAAUCAAGCGAUGGCUAAUGUAUCUAAUUCAGCUAAAAUGUCAAUUGAUAGUCCUAGUACAUCAGGUCCAAAUACGCCAACAUUAACGAUGAAACAAAAACGGCAACUAUUUCGUUCGGAACCUACAACAGAACCUCCAUCAUUAACAGGUGGAAAUGCAUCGUCAAAAAAUCGUUCUUUGACUUAG